AUGGAGGAGCCUUCCCUCCUGGACCUGCUUCAGGGGCUGGAGGAUGUGCAAACAAAGAAGACAGAGGUGCGCCUCUCUGAGCGGAACGUCGUGGAGCUGGUGAACAAGCUGAAGGGGAUGGGCCUGAUCGGCGACGACCUGCUCCACACCUCCAACGGCAGGGAGUACAUUACCCGCGAUGCCCUGACGCGCAAGGUGCUGUCAACCGCCCGCGCAUCUCGCCGCGUCCCGCUGGUCGACCUGCCUGCCGCUCUGGGGGUGGAUCUGCUGCACUGCCAGGAGGCUGCCAGGCAGGCGGCUGCGGGCGCAGGCGCCCACGACAUUCUGCUCGCCCAGGAUGAGCUCUUUGCACGGGAGUACUUUGACGACCUCGCCGCCGAGGUGGAUGAAGUCCUGGAAGAGCAGGGCAUGGCGCCCGUCGGCGACCUGGCACAGAGGUUUGGCCUCGCCUCGGACCUCCUCCUGAUCCAGCUUCGUCCGCACCUGGGUCGCGAUGUCCGUGCCCGCCUGGAGGGGGGCUACCUUUACACACAAGCGCUCACAGUCCGCCUUAAGGCACAGCUGCGAGGCGCGCUGCGGGGGUCCACGGUCCCGAUCGGCGUGCCCGCCCUGCUUUCCUCUCUGGACCUGGGCGGGACGCCGUUCCUCCAGUCCCUCGUCCCGGGUCUGGUGGAGCAGCUCGUCGCCGAGGGUGCCGUGCACGGCUCGCUGGCGGGGGGCGCCACCACCUGGAUCCCGGCCGCCUUUGUGGCGACGCAGGUGCAGCAGGCGCGCCAGUCCUUUGCCGAGAACGGGUUCCUCGACUGGUCCACGGCCAAGCGCUUCACCACGCAAGACCCGAAGAACUGGGCCGCCCGAGAGCUGGGGGGUGGGGUGGCCCUGGAGCACUCGUACGCCUCCCACCAGCUGCUGCACCAGCUGGAGGCAGCCAUGGAGGAGACGCUGGCGGAGGGCAGUUGGCUGGACGCGCGGCCCCUCCUGCCUCCCGCCCUCCCCGAGGAGGACGCGGAGGAGCUGGUGCUGCGCUCCACCUCCAAGUUUCCCUCGCUGAGCGAGCUGGGCCGGGAGGAGGGCCUGCGGCUGCGGGCGGCCGACAAGCGGCGCGAGAAGGAGCUGCUGGCGGGGCACAGCGCCGAGCUGGAGGCCCGGCUGGCGGCCUGCGAGCCGGGGGACGGGCCCGCAGUCCUCGCCGUGGCCGUGCCCCUCCUCCUCGCCACACACGCCAGCAAGCUGGUCAACCUCCCCGGACGCGCGCUGGCGCCAGCGCUGCGGGCCCUGGAGGGGAAGCUGAUGUCGGAGGCCGCGGAGCUGCUGCCCGCCCUACAUGCCGCGGUGCUCACCAGGCUGCAGGGGGGUGAAGGCGGCGCUGAGAUGGAGGAGUUGGCGCGCAGGACGCGCCUGCUCCUGCUGGGGAAGAUGGAGGGAAUGACGGCUUGA